AUGCGGCCGCUGACGACGAUGAUGUUCCCACUCAUAACUCGCGCCGCCGCCGUCCUCGGCACCUCGGCCUACGCCGUGACGGCGCAAGCGGGGCAGACCGGCCGCUUCCUCGGCCGUGUCGACCCGUCCACGCGGGAGCUGACGUGGCCGGCCACCGGCAUCGCCGUCGCGUUCGAGGGGACGUCGGCGAGCAUCCCCAUCACGUCCAAGACGGGGGACCCCGCCGUCGAGAUGGUCGUCGACGGCGGCGCGCCCAUCGUGAUGCACAGGGUCACGGGCUCCAGCAUCGACACCCCGCCGGGCCUCCCGAGGGGCCGCCACACGGUCGAGAUCCGCAAGCGAUCCGAGGCGUACUUUGGCAGCCUCUUCCUGGGCGAGCCGACAACCGACGGCACCCUGCUCCCCGUCCGGGCGCCCAAGCAGCGCAUCGAGCUCAUCGGGGACUCCAUCACGGCGGGCUACGGGCUCGAGGGCGUGUUCCCGUGCGCAAACGCCGCGCACCUCGAGGCGGCGACCCGGACCUACGGGGCGCUGACCGCCCGGAACCUGUCGGCCGACUACUCCAUCGUGGCCUGGUCGGGCAAGGGCGUCACCAGGAACUACGUGACCCCGGAGCCCGACCCGUCGCCCCUGAUGCCCGAGCUGUGGGCGCAGUACGGCGCGCUCUCGCCGCGGCCGUACGACUUUGCGACCCCCGUCGACGCCGUCGUCAUCAACCUGGGCACCAACGACUUCUCGUUCCGGACGGGCGUGCGGCCCCAGCUCGACAUGGCCGUCUUCACGGCCGCCCUGACGAGGUUCGCCAGGGCCGUGCACGCGAGGUACCCGAGCGCCGCCAUGUUCAUCACCAGCUCCCCGCUGCUGGGCAACGACACGCCCGAGCAGCAGCGGACCAAGCACGUCGCCGCCGUGAAAGCCACCAUCGCGUCGCUCGACUUUACAGCACACUUUGUCGACUUCCCCACGCAGGACGCGUCCAACAACAACAUCGGUUGCGACUACCACCCGUCCGCGCGCACGAACGAGGAGAUGUCCGUCAUACUCACGGCUGCUAUCCAAAAGGUGAUGGGCUGGGGCGCGUGCAGGUCUCGGAGUCUAUGA